AUGGCAUCAACCCGCUCUACCACCGGCAGCUCGCGCCCGCGCAUCCACGCCACCAUCGACAGUGGCCCGGAGCGCAAGCGCCGCACCACCGCCACCACCGGGGCCAAGCGCGGCCGCAAGCCCGGUUCCACCACCAAGACCUCGUCCGUCACGGGCGCUGGCGUGAAGAAGCGCGGCCGCCCCGCGGGCUCGACGAACAAGGCCACCGCCGCGACGGGCACGCACCACAAGCGCAAGAGCCACCUGAGCGACAAGGUCGAGGGCGUCGCCGACAAGAUCGUCGGCACCGUCACGCACCGGCCCGGCAAGAAGGCCGCCGGCACCAAGAAGAUCCGCGGCACCGACGGCAAGAACAGCCGCGGCCGCAAGGCCCGCGUCUAG